UUUCAUUGUUACCACCACCCAACCCCGUCAUCACAUUUGUUUUCGUCUUUUCCCGUCGAAACAUUUACAUACCCUUCUUCAUCCAUUUGAUCCACUUCACUUUUUGAACGCGAAUCACCUUUCUCUUUUUUCAAAAUGCAAUUGUCAAGUAUUCUUUUGGCCGGUACUGCCAUGGCCGGCGUCGUUUUCGCUCAAGGCUCAAAACCAAACGUCAACACACCUAACCCAUUGAUCCAAUGCCAAAACUACCAAAUCACCUUCUCAGGAGGUACACCACCAUACUCCUUGUACGCAACCAAGGAAGGUGUUUACGGUGACAUCUUGUCCCAAAUCGGAUCGAAUAUUUCCGGUACAUCUUACACAUGGAAGGUCAACUUGGCCGCAGGUACUCAAAUCAACUUGUUCAUCACUGAUGCCUCUGGUCAACAAAACACAUCUGGUGGUGCAACAAUUUUGGGAUCCAACGACUCCAGCUGUCUAGGUACCGCAAACACCUCCAGCGCUCCUUCAGGUGGCGCUUCUGGUUCCUCAACCAGCGCUGGAUCUUCUCCAAGCUCCUCCUCAGGAGGUAACUCUGGAUCAUCCGGCUCUACCUCUGCCCCAUCUUCCUCCAACACAGGAUCAUCAGGUGCUUCCCGCAGCACUUCCGGAAGUGGCGCUUCUCAAACCUCAGAAAAAGCCAACGGUGCUUCUCAAUUGACCGGCUUCUCUGCCGCUGUUGCCGGUGCCGUCGGUGUUGCUGUUGCAGCUUUGGUUUAAAUCGAGCACGAUUAAGUCCGUGAGAUAAAAACGGAUCUUUGAAAGGAUUUCAACAGAUGUUGUUUAUACGAUCAAGUUUCUUCAAUCACCAACGAGUGCCGUGGAAACCUACUUGAUAUUUGCAACGUUGGUCGAUUUUGGAUUGAUUAUAUUCUCUCUUCUCUGAAAACCGUUUUUGCCUUUUAUGAUCAAACGACAAUUAAAAAUAAAUAUUAUUUUCCAAUUUUCAAUUGUAGAUGCAAGAUAAUUUUGGAUUCUUAUACUUGUUUAAAUCUUCCAUCUUCAAUUGAAAUAUUGACAAUUUGUCCCAU